UGUAACAGAAGGCAACGAAAGAGAAAUAUUAUUCAUUGUGAGCUAUGGAGGAAGACGGCUACGAUGACAGAGGGAAAAACACGAACACGAACACGAACACGAACACGAACAAGGUGGUGAUCAAAAUCCCGUCGUACCAAGAAGUUCUCAAGACCUCACAGUGGAAAUCAACGCCACCCUCUCUCUUCGCUCCCUCUCAGACCUUUUCUCAAGCUUUCGCUUUCGUCAAAUCCUCCGAAUUCUACUCUCCUCCUCCGCCUUCUUCAACCUCCGCUGCCGCUUCGGAGAUCACUGCUUCUCGGGAACGUCAGUCCAAUGUUCCAUCUUCUUCAUCAUCUGCGUCUACUAGUGGUCUUUCUUCUUCUUGGUCGUCAUCGUCUUCAUCUACUCAGAAUCGUAAUGCAAUUCUUGUCAGCCAUAGACAGAAAGGGAACCCAUUGCUCAAACAUAUCAGGAAUGUGAGAUGGGCAUUUGCAGAUGUUGUUUGUGACUACUUGCUUGGGCAAGGCUCAUGUGCUCUCUAUCUAAGUCUUCGGUAUCAUCUGCUGCAUCCAGACUACUUGUAUUACCGUAUAAGGGAAUUGCAGAAGAACUUCAAGCUUAGUGUUGUUCUUUGCCAUGUUGAUGUGGAGGAUGUUGUUAAGCCUUUACUUGAAGUUACUAAGACAGCCCUGCUUCAUGAUUGUACCCUGUUAUGUGGUUGGAGCUUGGAGGAAUGUGGUCGCUAUUUGGAGACUAUUAAAGUGUAUGAAAACAAGCCUGCUGAUAUCAUUCAAGGUCAAAUGGAUACCGAUUAUCUGUCACGGCUAACACAUGCUCUCACAACAGUUCGGCAUGUAAACAAGACUGAUGUAGUUACACUUGGUAAUGCAUUUGGGUCUCUUUCUCAUAUCAUGGAUGCAUCAAUGGAAGACCUUGCACGUUGCCCUGGCAUAGGAGAGCGCAAGGUAAAGCGCUUGUAUGAUAGUUUUCACGAACCAUUCAAGCGUGUAGUUCCCAGCUAUCCUGCUGUUCCAGAAACCUCCACUCAGAAUAAUGCUGAAGUUGGUUCAGCGAAUGAAGAUAAAGAAGCAAAAGAAGAAAAAGACAGAGAAAAGGAAAGUAAACGCAGGAAAAAAGAACCGCAAUUGACCGUUAAAUCGGCGCUAUCUGCUGCCUUUUCCAAAUAUGCAGAUAAAGUUCGUAAAAAGAACAAUAAAUCUCAAGGGGAGGGGAGAGGAGAAACAAGUGCUGCUACGGAACAGGAAGCUGAAAACAAAAAUUUGUAACAGUUCAAGACUUUAAGCAUUCUAAUGAAAUGGCAGGUUUAUACAACAGGGAGCCAAAUUCUUAAGCAUGAUCGUCCUAACAUUCUGUCAAUGGAAAGUGGCAGUGCCUUUUUAAUACAUUGAUCUAUACAUAACAGCACGUGAAAUUUGUCUACAGAAAAUUAGGCUAUUCAACAUCCUGUAACCCUCUGCUCAAAACUUCCAUGAACUUGGCCUCCCCCCAAUCGUAGAACGUCUUGUUAAGGCUCUGAAACCAAAGUCCAUUGUUGUUUCUGGUGUUGCAGUUUUCUUAUGCAUCAAGGAUCUUUCAGAAGCUGCUGAUAAAUCAGGCCAAGAAACCACCAACCUUUUUUGUGAACCGCAUAAACCUUCUCGGAAGCUACAAAUAAGUUGCGAAAGGGUGAUC